GUGGUGAUGGCCGUGGCGCAGCUCUACUUCCACCUGGCACCCAAGGCGGAGGUUGGCGUCAUCGCCAAGGCGCUAGUGCGGCUCCUGCGGAGUCACAGCGAGGUGCAGUAUGUCGUGCUGCAGAACGUGGCCACCAUGUCCAUCAAACGGCGGGGGAUGUUUGAGCCCUACCUGAAGAGCUUCUACAUCCGCUCCACAGACCCAACACAGAUCAAGAUCCUCAAGCUGGAGGUCCUCACCAACCUGGCCAACGAGACCAACAUCUCCACCAUCCUGCGGGAGUUCCAGACCUACAUCCGCAGCAUGGACAAGGACUUUGUGGCAGCCACCAUCCAAGCCAUUGGGCGCUGCGCCACCAACAUUGGGAAGGUGCGGGACACCUGCCUCAAUGGACUGGUCCAGCUCCUCUCCAACCGGGACGAGCUGGUGGUGGCCGAAUCCGUGGUGGUCAUCAAAAAGCUGCUGCAGAUGCAGCCGGCCCAGCACAGCGAGAUCAUCAAGCACAUGGCCAAGCUCACUGACAACAUCCAGGUGCCGAUGGCACGGGCCAGCAUCUUAUGGCUUAUCGGCGAGUACUGCGAGCAUGUGCCCAAGAUAGCGCCUGACGUGCUGCGCAAGAUGGCCAAGUCCUUCACCAAUGAGGAGGACAUCGUCAAGUUGCAGGUUAUCAACCUGGCGGCUAAGCUCUACCUGACCAACUCCAAGCAGAGCAAGCUGCUGACCCAGUACGUCCUUAACUUGGCCAAGUAUGACCAGAAUUACGACAUUCGCGACCGGGCUCGCUUCAUCCGCCAGCUCAUUGUGCCCACCGAGAAGAGUGGGGCCCUGAACAAGUACGCCAAGAAGCUGUUCCUGGCCCAAAAACCUGCUCCCAUCUUGGAGUCCUCCUUCAAAGAUCGGGACCAUUUCCAGCUGGGCUCCCUGUCCCACCUGCUCAAUGCUAAGGCUGUGGGCUACCAGGAGCUGCCCGACUGGCCAGACGAGGCCCCCGACCCCUCUGUGAGGAACGUGGAGGUUCCCGAGUGGACCAAGUGCACCAGCCGGGAGAAGAGGAAGGAGAAGGUGGAGAAACCUUUCUACUCCGACUCAGAGGGAGAGUCAGGGCCCACGGAGUCGGCGGACAGCGAGCCUGAGUCCGUCAGUGAGGAGAGCGGCAGGAGGAGGAGCUCUUGGAGGCCCAGUGAGGAAGAGGAGGAGGAGGAGGAGGAGGAGGGGGCGAAGAAGGCCAAGAAGAAGAAGGCGUCGCAGGGCAGGAAGAGCCACACCGAGACCUCAUCGGAGGAGGCCAGCGCCUCCGAGAGCAGCUCUUCGGGCUCCGACUCAGGCUCUGAGGCAGAGGCCAAGCGGAGGAAGCCCCCCAGCAGCAGGGCCGGCCCCAAGGAGAUCUCCCUGCUCGACCUGGAUGACUUCACCCCCCCUCCUCCCCAGCCCGUCCCCUCCAGCAGCAUCGUCUCCACCAGCCUGGUGACGGACCUGGAGGGCCUCACGCUCACCGACACCUCCCUGGCACCCGCCCUGCUGAGCCCAGCAUUCGGUGCGGUGAGGACCUACGAGCUGCUGCACCGCAUGGCGGGCGAGGGGCUCUCGGUCGAGUACUGCUUCAGCCGCCGGCCCUUCCCGGGGGACCCCCACAUGGUGGCCAUCCAGAUCCAGAUCUCCAACAACACUGAUGCCGAGGUGAAGAGCCUGCGGGUCAGUGAGCCCAAGCCGCUCUCCGGCAUGCGGAUCCAGGAGUUCCCUGAGAUCGAGCGCCUGGCACCCGGGGACACGGCCAGCGUGGUGAUGGGCAUUGACUUCUGUGACUCCACCCAGGCGGCCAACUUCCAGCUGUGCACCCACACGCGCCACUUCUACGUCUCCAUCCAGCCGCCCGUGGGGGAGCUCAUGGCCCCCGUCUUCAUGAGCGAGAACGAGUUCAAGAAGGAGCAGGGGAAGCUGACGGGAAUGAGCGAGAUCACAGAGAAGCUGAUGCUGCCCGAGAAAUGCUGGAGUGACCAUGCCAUCGUCCAGCAAGUGACUGUGGCCGCCAACGUGGGCCGCGUGCCCUGCGGUGCCGACAACGAGUACAGGUUCGCAGCCAAGACGGUGACCAGCGGUAGCCUGGUGCUCAUCACCCUGGAGCGACGGGAGGGUGCUGUGGCUCAGCUGACCGUCAACAGCGAGAAGAUGGUUAUUGGCACCAUGCUGGUGAAGGACAUCGUCCAGGCCCUGGCACAGUGA